AUGACGGACUCUCUUCAGGACAGCCACGAUUCAGGUAGCGGCGACAGCGAAAAGAGCCAUCACAGUAUCGAACUUGAUGCACCGUUGGAAAGGAGGGUAUGGCUCAAGGUGGACUUAUUUCUAUUACCGGUCAUAGCAAUAUGGUACUUCUUGUCAUUCCUGGAUAGAACGAACAUCGGCAAUGCACGUAUUGCUGGCCUUCAACAUGACCUCCGAAUAACCGACAAGCAGUACACCACUGCAUUAAUUGUUACCUAUGCUUCGAACAUUGCUGCUGAACUACCUUCAAAUCUGCUACUCCGAGUCAUUGGACCGAACUAUCUCCUCCCCACCUUAUUGAUCGGCUGGGGUUUGGCCACCACCCUUCAAGGAGUGGUGACGAAUUAUGGCGGCCUACUUGUCUGUCGAUUCUUCCUCGGGGUCUUCGAAGGUGGUGCUCUCCCUGGGAUAGUUUUAUACUUGACACAUUUCUACCCCCGUGCCAAGAUGACCACUCGUGUAUCAGCCAUUUUCGCAACCAGCUCAGUCUCGGGGGCGUUCUCAGGAAUCCUCGCCUAUGGUAUCAUACGCAUGGAUGGCAUAGGUGGACGUUCAGGGUGGCGAUGGAUAUUCAUACUCGAAGGCGCGUUCAGCGUUGCUUGUGGCCUGAUAGGCUACUUUCUUAUGCCUCGGGAUGCUAUGGCUGCUCGAUUUUUGCGUCCCACUGAACGCGAAUAUGUGGCAAGUCGAGUUGCUGAGUCCGGAGGGGAGAAGUUUGAGUGGAGAGAGGUGAAGAAGGCAUUAGUCGCACCGCACGUUUGGAUUCUCAGUAUCACAUUAUUCUUUUCGGGUUCCGUUCUUUUCGGCUUGGCUUUCUUUACACCGUCAAUUGUCCAGAGCUUAGGAUAUACUGCUGCUCGCUCCCAGCUCAUGAGUGUGCCGCCAUUUGCUGCCGCCUUUGCGUUGUCGAUGAUGUCAGCCUACCUAUGUGACAAGUUCCACAUUCGAAGUCUUGUUUGUAUCAUGACUUCCAUCAUCACCUUGACAGGAUUCAUCGUAUUCCUUACCUCGUCAUCAGCGAAUACUCGGUAUGGUAGCCUCUUUUUGACCAUACCCGGUGUAUACACCACCACUCCGACUUUGGGGACGUGGAACUCGACCAAUUCGGCACCACACGUUCGUCGUGCGACAGCGAUUGCUGUUGGGUUCAUGGUGGCGAGCGCUGGGGGAAUUGUGUCGACAUGGUUGAUAGGGAGCUUGAGCACUGCGCCCAAGUACGUGCUUGGGACUAAGGUGAUGGUCGGGUUCAGUGUUGGGAUGAUUGUUGGGUCGGCGUUAUGUUUGGGAUAUUUCGUGCAGAUGAAUGAGAGGAAGAGGGGGAUGCUGAGGCGGGAAGUCAAAGGGAUGGAUGGAGAUUUGGCUCCAACAUUUGUGUAUCUGUUAUGA